AUGAGAGGAUUUAUGCACAUUGUUAAAGGUUAUUGUCUAUCGCUUGCUUACAUUUAUAGAUUGUGUCGACUAAUUAGUUUAAACUCACAACAUACUUUGAUGUAUGCUUGGCACUCCACAAAAGUUGCCAAAUAUUCCUGUUUAAUGAAUGUGAUUAUGGUUAAUGGCUGGCAAGUUGAUUUCUUCGCAGUGGAAGUAGGAGCAAGAGGAUAUUGUGCAAGAACCACCACUGCCUGUUUAAAAAGAAUGGGUUUCACCAACAAACUUGCUUAUUCCACUGCAAAUGAUCUCGGUAAAAUCAGUAUGAGGUCUUCUUUUUGUAUCUGGCUGGCACGUGAAUCCAAUGUUUGGUCAACUGACUCCUUAAUGCAAUUACCCAAAUCCAAGCAGGCUUUGCCCAUUGUGGAGACCAAGGGUGUUUCAUCUCGCCGAAAGGGGCCAUCUAAAAAGGUUAGCCAAAAUAAAAAUGACACUCAACCAAUUAGUGUCUAUAAAAACAUCGGCUUUUUAAACAAAGGCAACAGUUGUUACGCCAACGCCAUUUUGCAAGUAUUAAGUACCAUUCCAACACUCUGGUGCCAGAGUGGGUCAGAAUCGUUUCAUUUAUCACCUAUUGCGAGGUCUAUUUCGCUUAACAUGGCGAAGCUGAAGCAAUCAUUGUCACCUGUUGACCCUUCGAAUUUUCUCUGGGCCCUUGAACGUCAAAUGCACUCUGAUGGGAAACUGGACUUCCAAUUUAAUACUCAGCAAGAUGUAGCAGAGAUUUUGUUUGUGGUUUUGGACGCCCUUAAGGGAUUUUCCCCGAUUGCUGCAGAUAAAAUCUCAACUGAAAUCUCAAUGUCCGUAAGCUGUAACACCUGCCUGUGCACCUCGGUAAAUGUCGAAAUGCAGGACAUUUUAACACUGCCAAUGACAUCUAAAAUCCAAUCUUGUGUCAGCAAAUUUUUAGAACCGGAAAUUCUAACUGAUGGAAACAAGUGGUUUUGUCCGCAAUGCUUUGCACAUAGAGAGAGUACUAGAGAAACGCAAAUCAGCAGGAGUAGUGAAAUCUUAUUCCUGCAUCUUAAAAGGUUUUUAAAACAUGGUGAACAUCUGGUAAAAGACAACAGAGUUGUUGAAUGUGUUUCUUUACGUGACUCUCUCCUGCAACUACCUCUCGUCAGUGAUACGGACACAAUGUUUAAUCAGAACUACUCAUUGUUAGCAACAAUUAAUCACUCCGGUACAUUAACCGCAGGUCAUUAUUGGGCUUAUGUUAAGGAUCCUGCCACAAAUUCUUGGUACCACUGCAAUGAUAGAGCGGUUUGCAAAUGCUCUCCACCUAUUCUCAACAACAAUUCAUGUUAUAUUCUUUGUUACGUUCGCUGUUGA